CUUGAGUUGAGACGGCUGUAUUUAGGACCCGGUGGCAGCAGCCCGUCUGCAGGCCGCUGCAGUCUGAGCGGCGCAUCUGGAAGAGAGCUGGCCGGCUGGGGAGGUGGAGGACGGGGAGAGAAGAGGAAGAAGGCUCCGGGAGCAAGUGAGACAAAAAGGGUCAGACCUGGGACUUGGGGAAAUCGGCAGAGCAAAGAAGAAGGAUCAUCUCUUAAUUUCUUUUUUUUUUUCAUUCUUUUUGAGUUUGUUUUAACCCCAAACCUCAUCAUCUGCACUACACAUCAUCAUUUAUCAUCCACAAGCCUGUAAGAUUAUCAAUGAUGCCGUCCAACACUGUCACCAACACCAACACCACUGCAUUCAAAGGCUCAGACUUUGCUGAUUCACCUGGAAACAGAAUGGGUGAGAGCACAAUACUGGCUAUGGACCUGAUGGCUGAGGAGAGGUCGACUUUAAGUAGUGCCUCUUGUAAAGUUGGCAAGCCAGGAAGGAAGCGCAAGCAAUUCCCAGUCGAGAACUGUGGCUCUCCUAAAGACAGUGUGAGUCUUGGCAACAUCUACACUGGGGUGUGUAGGCCAUCCAUGGCACAAGUCCACAAUGGAGACAUGGGCGGGCACAGAGACAGGAUGCCCGAUGCCUGCUUCCCCAAACAGGAGAAGAGGGAAGUGGAGAAUGGGAUCCCCAGAGACCCCUCCUCCUGCCAGGCAGAGGACAGCUCCCAGGGUCAGAGUCUGAGCCCUUCCCAGGAGAACGGAUUCCUGCCCAACCGGGAGGAGCAGGACUUGGAGAAAGACAAGGAUAGCCUGAUGAUGCCGCGCAAGAAACGAGGGAGGCGGAAACUGGAGCGGCCAACAAAAUAUGUGGAGCACAAGGAGGAGGAUGGGAGCGAUGACCUCAAGACAGAGGCAGGUCGAGGCAGGCUACGAGGGGGAGUUGGUUGGGAGAUCAGCCUUCGUCAGAGGCCCAUGCCCAGAAUAACCUUCCAGGCUGGUGACCCUUAUUACAUUAGCAAGCGGACCAAAGAAGAGUGGCUGACCAAGUGGAAGAUGGAGGCAGAGAAAAAGGCCAAAAUGAUGUCAGCAAUGAACGCGAUGAAGGAUCAUGAGGAGAGUGAAACAGAGACUCAGAACGAAGAGGUCUCAAUAAUCAAACACCCACAGCCUUCAAAGCAGCAGCAGCCGCCUCAGCCUCAGCUACACACACAGCCUCAGUAUCAACAGCAAUCGCAGCCAUCACUACCACAGCAACAGCAACACAAGCUGCAACCUCAGCAGCAGCAGCAGCCUACUGACCCAGCUUCUCCCACUGUGGCCACCACCCCUGAGCCCGUCGCCAUUGGAGGAGGAGAAAAAACUUCCCCCAAGCCUGCAGACACUGAGCCUGAGUAUGAGGAUGGUCGUGGUUUUGGCAUCGGUGAGCUGGUCUGGGGAAAGCUGCGAGGCUUCUCGUGGUGGCCAGGCCGCAUCGUAUCCUGGUGGAUGACGGGCCGGAGCAGAGCUGCUGAGGGAACCAGAUGGGUCAUGUGGUUUGGAGAUGGAAAAUUCUCAGUGGUCUGUGUAGAGAAACUCAUGCCUUUAAGUUCCUUUAAUAAUGCCUUUCACCAACCAACUUAUAAUAAGCAGCCCAUGUACAAGAAAGCUAUUUAUGAGGUGCUACAGGUGGCUAGCAGCCGGGCUGGAAAAGCCUUCAUAGCCUGUCCUGACAGUGACGAGACUGAAACGUCCAAAUCUGUUGAAAUGUUAAACAAGCAAAUGAUUGAAUGGGCUAUGACGGGGUUUCAGCCCACUGGACCCAAGGGCUUAGAGCCACCAGAGGAGGAGCGUAACCCAUACAAAGAGGUGUACCCUGAGAUGUGGGUGGAGCCAGAAGCAGCAGCAUAUACGCCUCCUCCAGCUAAAAAGCCACGCAAAAGCACAGCAGCUGAAAAACCCAAGGUCAAGGACAUUAUUGAUGAGAGGACACGAGAGCGGCUUAUAUAUGAAGUGAGACAAAAGUGCCGCAGCAUAGAGGACAUCUGUAUCUCUUGUGGAAGUCUGAAUGUUGGCCUUGAGCACCCUUUGUUUGCUGGAGGAAUGUGCCAGAGCUGCAAGAACUGCUUCCUAGAAUGUGCAUAUCAAUAUGACGAUGAUGGUUAUCAGUCUUAUUGCACCAUUUGCUGUGGAGGACGUGAGGUGCUCAUGUGCGGAAACAACAACUGUUGUCGGUGCUUCUGCGUGGAGUGUGUGGACCUCCUUGUUGGUCAAGGAGCCGCCCACGCUGCCAUCAAAGAGGACCCGUGGAACUGUUACAUGUGCAGUCAGAAGGGAGGGUUUGGUCUGUUGGAGCGUCGCACAGACUGGCCCAGCCGUCUCCAGCACUUCUUUGCAAAUAAUCAUGACCAGGAUUUUGAUCCACCAAAGCUUUACCCCCCAGUCCUGGUGGAGAAGAGGAAGCCCAUUCGUGUUCUGUCGCUAUUUGAUGGCAUAGCAACAGGGCUGCUGGUGUUGAAAGAACUUGGGAUCCAAGUGGAUCGCUAUGUAGCUUCUGAAGUGUGUGAAGACUCCAUCACAGUGGGUAUCGUCCGGCAUCAGGGUCGAAUCAUGUACGUCGGUGAUGUGAGGAAUGUCACACGCAAACAUAUUCAUGAGUGGGGUCCUUUUGACCUCAUUAUUGGUGGAAGCCCAUGCAAUGACCUCUCAAUAGUCAAUCCUGCUAGGAAGGGUCUUUAUGAGGGGACCGGCCGCCUUUUCUUUGAGUUUUACCGACUGCUCCACGAGGCCCGGCCAAAGGAAGGGGACAGCCGACCUUUCUUCUGGCUCUUUGAAAAUGUGGUUGCCAUGGGUGUCAGUGACAAGAGGGACAUAUCUCGCUUUCUAGAGUGUAACCCAGUGAUGAUCGAUGCCAAGGAGGUGUCUGCUGCCCACCGUGCUCGUUACUUUUGGGGUAACCUUCCAGGCAUGAACAGAAAGGGAGAAGAAGACACCAUGAGACUUCAACCAGGAAACUUAAAUACAAGCAAGCAACUCAGGCCUUUGACCGCCAUGUGCACUGACAGGCUGGACCUCCAGAACUGUUUGGAACACGGCAGAACAGCUAAGUUUGACAAGGUGAGGACCAUCACUACCAGGUCUAAUUCUAUCAAGCAGGGCAAGGACCAGCACUUCCCUGUCUACAUGAAUGAGAAGGAAGACAUACUUUGGUGCACUGAGAUGGAGAGGGUCUUUGGCUUCCCUGUCCACUACACGGAUGUGUCCAACAUGAGCCGACUGGCGAGGCAGAGGCUUCUGGGCAGGUCAUGGAGUGUCCCAGUUAUCCGCCACCUGUUUGCACCACUUAAAGAUUACUUUGCCUGUGUUUGAGCAACACAACAAGUUGCUCAAAACAUGCUCUAAAUCAUUUAGGAACUACAACUAUAUGUUGUGAUUAGAUAUAAGAGCCUUGAUCCUUAAAUUAUACUUUAGUAUAAUUUGGAAGCAAAACAGUGACGUAGACAUCAUAUUAUUUCUUGUAUUUGAAUUUAAUUCUUAUUCUAUUUAAUUUUUAUGUCAUUUUACCUUUUUAGCAGUGUUAUCAAGUAUUGAUGAUUUGUUUGUGCAAGCUAUACUUGAGACUAUGCUUUCUUCUCAAGACACUGAGACAUAUAAGUGCUGAACACAUUUUGUAAAAGAGAAGAUAAUGCGAUGGGAAACAUCAGACAGACAGGCCUUUUUUUUUAUUUUAUUUUUUUUUUAAAGAUAUGUGAAAUCUUUCCGCUGUGUGAGCGUACUGUAUGUCAAGGCUGCAAGAUCACCACCUGCAGUGCAGCCAUGCUUCCAGCUACUGAGCCUCACAGAGAUGUGAAGAAGAGGAAGGUGCUUUUCUUCAGUGUCGGGAGAGCCGUGUCUCUGAGAAUCCAAAAUGCCAGAUCACAUAUACCUCUUUGUUUACAGUUUCUACACACAACUGAAGGUAAUAAAGGUACUACUGUAAUAUGGUUACAAUACCAUGGUGCUCCAAGAUGAUGAGAAACAUCAUAGCCCAUGUGGCACUACGACUUAAGACAAUACAGUGCUCUUUAAACCUGUUGCUGGAAUAACUUGUGUUUAAUGUUUUUACAUUUUUAUGAAAAAUAUAGUCAGUUUUGUGCCGCUUUCUUCACUUCAGAAGAAACAUAAAGGUUACAUUGCAACAAAGAGCCUGUUCUCUUUUACAGCUUUUAUACCGUUUCUACUGGUGCUCAUUUAAACUCUCAGCCUUGCUACACUCAGGCUCACGGCCUGGUUCUGCACAGAGAGUGAAGCUAGCCACAUGGGAGGUGAUGUUUUCUGUCAUUCCCAAAAAAAAAAAGAAAAGAAAAAAAAAAAAGAAACAAGCAGACAAAAAAAAACUUCAAAGUCUGUGGUGAGCUACUUUUUUCUAGUUUCAUCCUGACUAAUGAUAUUACUGUACAACUGUUAGUAAGCGUGGCUGCUGGGGGGACGGUGACCAGACUGGGGGAGCAUCCUCCUCAGCAGCUUCUUCUUUAAACUGAAAACAUGUCAGGUGCAAAUCCUCAACAACAUGGUGCGGCUUCACUAAGUUCUUCUACUUUUUAUAGCAAUUUUGUGCUGUUUUAUCAACAUUAUAAAGCACUUUUGUAUGUAUACUUUCUUUUUUUCUUCAUUUGUUUUUAAAUAUUGGUUCUUGUGAAUUUUUUUGUUAGUUUUAUGAUGUGAAACUGAUCUACCCUCGUGUAAUACUUUUUGUAUACAGUAGGGCUGUGCCAAUAGAAGUGCAAGUAUGGCUUUUGAUAUGUGAAACUCGUGUUGACUGUACAGUAAGUGGAUUGACAUCGGUAAUCCCAAACUUCUUUCCUUUUUUCACUGUCAUCCAUUUCCUUGUCAGUUUUCAAGCAGCAACCCAGUAUGUUGCCACCAAAAUUCAAAGAAUGUCUAUUUCUAUUAAGAUUGUAAAAUGUAAGAGAGUUUAAGAGCAGAGUAGUCUGCUUUGUGUGAUAUUUUGUCCCUUGUGAAGGACGAUUGGGCCUCUGCUAUUCCCUUGAUAUGUUAUAGUGAUCAUGUUGGUAAAUUUUAAGUGCUGAUUCUAAGUUGGAUAACCAACUAAAUUCUCUUGAUUGUAACUUCAAAGCUAGAUAUGGAGGAUUUAGGCUGCAGUUUGUCAAAACAAAAAACUGGCAUAGUGUUUGACAAGAAUGUCGGCACUCAAAGAAAAGAGGCCAAUAAAAGCAGAUAUUAUUCCUAAUCUAUAUCAUAUUUAAGAUUCAAAAUUUUAAAUCUAAUUUCUUUAUGUAAUUCAUUUCUUAAGUGACCUUAUUGUCAUUGUAUUGUCCUCGGGCAUGAGGCUCACAAUGAGCUCCUGCUCUCAAUGAUAAUUUAACCAGAUGUUACUCCCCUAUUCCCCUCCUCCCCCUCCUCUCAUAACACUUAACAUCCCUUCAGUUUUGUACAUUUGUACAUAAUUUUCCGGGUGCUGUUCUGAUUUUUUUUUUUUUUUUUUUAUGAGAUGUACAAAUAUAAUUCUUUGCUAAUAUAUAUCAUAAAAAAAUCCUUAGGUUAAAAAGUAAAAAUCGAGUGAAAAUUUGAUUCAGAUCUUGCUUUAAGUGUUAGAUAUUGGGAGACUUCAAGCUUUUUUCAUACUGAUUUGUUUGUGUCAAGUGAAUCCAGAUGUAAUGUCUUGUGAGCUUAACAUUGGCUGAUGGACAUUAUUAAGAGGAACAGUCUUAGCUUCCCUGCACAGCCCUACAUAAUGCUGUUUUUUGGGUUUUCUGUUUUUUUUUUUUCCAGCUUGUUUCCUUUUGUAAGACUUUCAAAAGAGGGACUGUAGGUGUUUCCAAUGGUGCUAAACAUUUUAUCUAAUCAAGAAAAAUAUAUUUGAUUGGAAAAAAAUAAACAUGUCUUGACAAUGACUGUUUUAAGUUCCUUGUAGUAAUGGAAAAUAACUAUUAUUUCACUCAUAAAUAUUUUAACAAAGGCAUUUUAACUUUGUACUUGAAAACAUAAGGAUAACAAAUAAUGAAAGGUUUCUUAUAUUGUUUUAGACUAGAGAUUGCUGUAGUUGGUGCUUAUCUGUGGGAAAAUCGUGUGAGAAAAAAAAAACUUACUGUAGCAUAUUGUAUGCUUAAUGCGCAUUGCUUCUUAUUA